AUGGCCGAGUACACUCCUACUGGCCCUCCCGGCGCUGCCACCAACGGCGGCAACAUGAACGGCUCGGGCGAAGGCUUUUCGGCUGCCGCGCCAAUGACUCCGUCUAACGACGCUCCGAAGACUCUGUGGAUGGGCGAGAUGGAGGGUUGGAUGGACGAGGCCUUUAUCAAGAACCUUUACCAGUCCGUCUUGGGUGAGACUGUGCAGGUUAAGAUUAUCCGUGACCGCAACUCGGGCAACGCUGGCUACUGCUUUGUUGAGUUUGCGACUCCUGAGGCUGCCUCGAAGGCCCUCAGUCUGAACGGUACACCGGUUCCCAAUUCGAACCGGGUCUUCAAGCUGAACUGGGCGUCUGGUGGUGGCCUAGUCGACCGCCGUGACGAUCGUGGCCCUGAGUACAGCAUCUUCGUCGGUGACCUCGGUCCUGAGGUUAACGAGUUCGUAUUGGUCCAGCUGUUCCAAGCGCGAUUCCCUUCCUGCAAGUCUGCCAAGAUCAUGACGGAUGCCAUGACCGGCCAGUCGCGCGGCUAUGGCUUUGUCCGGUUCAGCGAUGAAAGUGACCAACAGCGCGCUCUGCUUGAGAUGCAGGGCGUGUACUGCGGCAACCGGCCCAUGCGGAUCUCGACAGCCACCCCCAAGACCCGCUCGCACCAGUACGGUGGACAACAUGGCCACGCGCCCAAUCCGGUCAUGCCCGCGGUUCCCGGCCACCCGGGCCCCAUGUGGGGUGCCCCCGCCGCCUUCUAUGGUCAGGCCGCACCGUUCAACCCGAUGCAGCCCAUGAACCAGUUCACGGACCCAAACAAUACCACUGUUUUCGUCGGUGGUCUCUCGGGCUACGUCACUGAAGAUGAGCUCCGCUCCUUCUUCCAGGGCUUCGGUGAGAUCACCUACGUCAAGAUUCCUCCCGGCAAGGGUUGCGGAUUUGUCCAGUUCGUCCACCGUCAUGCCGCCGAAAUGGCAAUCAACCAGAUGCAAGGUUAUCCCAUUGGCAACUCGCGCGUUCGUCUCUCCUGGGGCAGGUCCCAGAACAAUUCGGGCGUCGGCACUCCCUAUCGGCCGGCUCCUCCGCCGCCGCACUACAUGGCAGGCAUGCCUCCUCAUGGCGGUCCCCCCGGUCCCGGUGGCCCUUAUGGCGGUCCUCCCUUCGGCGGCAACCCUUCGCAGGGUCCCCCUCCUGGCCCCAUGGCUGUGAGUCAAUUGUCCCCUGACAAGUUGCAUGUCUUUUGCUAA